ACAUCAUCGCCGCGAACACCUUGUACAUCGAUAGAUCGACGUGAAUAAAAGUCCCUCAGACCGCGCACCGCCCUGGUUCAAUAAAGAGAAAGAGAGAAGGACGAAAAUAAACUCUCUCCCCUCUCUAUCUCUGUCUCUCUCUCUCUUUCUUCCUCUCUUCCCUCUCUCUUCGAACAACGUAUUAGAUAAGGCACGACGACGAGUGUACCAGUCAGUGGAAGGAACGUCCCGAACUCGUGGAAGUCCGCGUAUGUGUCUCUGGUGCAUGCGAGGUCGGAGUCGUCUGCUAGAUUAAACUCGCUAAAGAGGACAAAAAAUCACUCGCCGAAAUGCCGAAUAUAAUAAAUGACAUAAAAUUGGACUUUAAGGAUGUGUUGCUGCGCCCGAAACGGAGCACUUUGAGGAGCAGAUCCGACGUAGAUCUCUUUAGAGAAAUCACAUUCCGUAAUUCCAAACAAGCAUACAGAGGAAUUCCUGUAAUGGCUUCUAACAUGGAUACAAUUGGAACGUUUGAAAUGGCAAGAGCCUUAUCGAAGCAUGGCCUUUUUACUACCAUUCAUAAAUAUUAUACCGCAGAUGAGUGGAAAAACUUCGCAACGUUAAAUCCCGAUUGCGUAAAAAACAUAGCGGCCAGUUCAGGAACAGGAAAUGAAGAUUACGAGCGACUCUCGAGUAUUCUGGAGAUUGUGCCGGAACUGACGUUCAUAUGUCUGGAUGUCGCGAACGGAUACUCGCAACACUUUGUCGAAUACGUGAGAAAAGUAAGGGCGCGGUAUCCAAGUCAUACGAUAAUUGCAGGAAAUGUUGUGACAGGAGAAAUGGUGGAAGAACUGAUACUUUCUGGAGCGGACAUAAUUAAAGUGGGAAUCGGACCGGGUUCCGUAUGCACCACGCGGAUGAAAACCGGCGUGGGCUAUCCUCAAUUGAGCGCUGUAAUUGAGUGCGCGGAUGCGGCGCACGGUUUGAAAGGACAUAUUAUUGCCGACGGUGGAUGCACUUGCCCCGGGGAUCUGGCGAAAGCUUUUGGUGCCGGUGCGGAUUUUGUCAUGGCCGGCGGAAUGUUCGCGGGUCACGACGAGUGCGGAGGUGAAGUUAUAGAAAAGAACGGGAAGAAAUUUAAACUGUUUUACGGAAUGGCUUCCAACACGGCCAUGAAGAAGCAUGCCGGCGGUGUUGCAGACUAUAGAUCUUCGGAAGGAAAGACUGUCGAAGUGCCUUACAGAGGUUCAGUCGAAAACACGGUGCUCGAUAUAUUAGGCGGCUUGAGAUCCGCUUGUACGUAUACGGGAGCCGCGCGUUUGCGCGAAUUGCCGCGACGCGCGACUUUUAUACGCUGUACGCAACAAUUAAAUCCAAUGUAUGGUCCUCCUCCAGAAAUGUAAAACUUUAUUAUUAACGUAAAUGUUGUAAUGUAACUUUAUUGUUACGUAAGUUCAAAUGCUAAUUUAAAUUUUUAAUGCUAAUAUUUGUUGAUCGUGUAUGUAUUGCUGGCAAAUAAUAAUUUAUAAAUAAACAGCGCAGUACUUGCUAAACACGAUUCGCCACAUCAUGUGAUAAUAUCGAAGUAUUACGAAUUGAUGCUAAGAAUACGCUCAAACAAUAAGAUGUUAUACAUCCUGAUGUGCACAAAUAAAAAAUUUCGUUAUAUAUUAA